AUGGGUUGCAUUGGAGAUCGCGAAAAGGGUCCCAAGGACGAGACCCAGCRUUGGGACUUCAUCACCCUCACCGACUUCCGUUGCACAUCGGCAUGGACAUAUGUCGCGUACGUCUGGCUAUGGAUCAUGGCACUGGUCGGCAUUGCCGUCUACGUCGUCGACACCUUCACCGCCGUGCAAUUGCUGGCAUACAACAAUUGGAGCUCCCAAGUCAAGCCCGCCCUUGCCUUUGAAUACUCCAAGUGGAUCUUCGCCGGCUGCAUCCUCUUCUCGUGGGUCCUCUGCUUCUACGAGUGGUUCCGCGCGUUGCGAGUCAUCAAGCGGGGAGGCGUGGCGGAGAGCUUCCUCGACCCGCUUGCCGUCACACUGCAGAGCAUCCGACCGCAAGGCUUCAAGCGCUUCCUCGUCUUCUCUGCCUUGACCAAGAGCAAAAAGGGCGCAGACUACGUCGCCCUCUUCGUUUACUUCUCCUUCAAGACCGCCAUUCGCGUCAUCCUCGCCGAGGGACCACGUCAGGGCAUCAACGCCAUGACAUUAUGGGCUGUGCUGCAAUCUGAUAUUGCUGUCAAGACCACCACCGACCAUUCCUCAUUCGAACAGUUCUUCAUGAACAUUGGCGCACUGGCGGACAACUCGCCUCUACAAGCCACCAUCUACUUUGCCAUGUUGUUCACUCUUGUCAUCUGGGCCUUUUCUGCCUUGUCACUGAUCGUAUCGGUCAUCYUGUAUCUCGGCUUCCUCUGGCACUACAUCCCAUCAAGCGAUGGGCGCUUGAGUGUCUAUUGCAGACGCAAGGUUGAUCGUAGACUGGCCAAGGUCGUCGAACACAAAGUCAAGGCGGCAAUUGAAGAAGAAGAGCGACAGGCAAGAAAAGCGGAGAGAAAGGAGGAACUCAAGAGGCAGAAGACGGGAGAAAUGCCGCUUCCWGCGCAUCUCAAGGUCAAGCGACAGCCUACCUUGCCAGAGUUGGGCAAGACACCAGACAUGCACAGUGAUGAAAAGUUCCCGCUGGUCAGACAGGACACGACCAGCUCGACCAACACCCUCCCGCUUUACACUCGAGACCCCAUACAAAGACAACCUACCCUUCCCAAGCUGGGAUCAGCUCCACUCGCUCGCUCCAACACCGAGGUUUCCGGAUGGUCAGUCGCUCCGACCUACUCCGCCCACGCUCCACUCGUAGCAAAUGCCGGCUACCCACACGAGAKCGAUCUUCUUCCUCCUCUUCCACCAAUUGGUCACGAUCGUCAGGAUUCAUACGCAAGUCAGCUCAGCUUUGCUCCAAGUUUCAAUCAAGGCCCACCACGUUUGCAAACGCCUAUGAAUACUCAGUCAUUUGCGACGGACAUCAACAGCUAUCGAGGAGCUCCAGGAGGACCAGGACCGCGACUUCCGCCGCCAAUCAGGACCAUCCCACAAUAUCAAGGCUUCGAUCCGGAGCCACCACGAUCUGCAUACCCUCCUCCAAUGCGAUCCGCCACAGCUGACGGGUAUCGCCACGCACCACCUCAACAAUCGCAAGACAACGCAUUCGCUACGCACCAAUCCUUCAGCCGCCGCCCGAAUCCAGGUCCGAUGCGGAAGCCUUUACAGCCCAAUCAAUACAUCCCAGCACCGCAGAUUCAGCCUGCGGCACCAGCAUAUGAACUGCAGAACCAGCCUUUGCAUACUUUACCACCACCACCACAGAGCGCGGGAGGUUACGUGGCGUUCAACCCAAGCGCGAUGCCUACGGUUCAUGAUGGUCCUCGCCGGAACAUCACAGUGAGCAAUGGUGCACCUAGUGCCCCAGCAAACUAUUUUGGAAACGUCCAGCCUGCCCGUAGUGCGACCGCUCCGAUCCAAGAGGACCACCGAAGAGCGAACUUCCUCCCCGCGCCAUCACGCGGGAUUGAAAGUGCACGAGUGUCAGAUAUUUUGAGCGCUUACGGCCCGGAUAGCAGAGAAGGCACAGCAAGUCCUUGGGGACAGCAUCCUCCACCACCGCCACAGAAUGGCAGGCAUUAUGGUUGA